UUGCGCAAGCGCACCCAAGACGGUCACAGGUAACUCCCAUCUGACGGGCGAGGCGUCGCCGUCGUCGCCGGAAGUUCAGUGUUUCUGCGCCGCAGCAGAGGCGGCGGUGGCGGCAGAAGCAGCUGAGUGUCUCCUGGAACCCGGAUGUGAGGCGCGCUGGCUCCACCGGAACGGUCUGACUGGAAUUAGGAAGAUCCUUUCCCAAACCUAGGAAGCAAAUUCAUCAGCAGUGUCAUCAUUCAAGUUAAAGAAAAAGGUGAUAUGAGGUCUCUAUUUCAGUAAGGUGCUAUGUAAUGUGUUAAGAAUAUAUUAUAAGGAAUGAUCUUGUCAAGUUUCCAUGAGUUAUGGUGUCUGAAACAUCAGUUUUAUCUUGUGGGAACAAAACUAAACAGCACAAAAGAAAAUGUAUAUUAGCCGAGUGUUUUAUUACACGAAAAAGGUUAGAUAAGAGCUUCAAGUCAACAGAUUCAGCAAACAAAAGAAACGUGUGUGGUGUAAGACAUGUUUCAAAUGAAUCAAAGUACAGUAACUAUAGAGUCCAGGAGGAAAAUGUUUUCAAAAAUUUUGUCAAAACAGAUCAGUCAGUAGUAAACAACUCCUUCAGUAAUAAGACGAGAGCUGAAACCAAAAUCAAUUGAAAACAAAGCAGAUUGAACCUAAAUUCAUAAUUUUAAAUAGAAACUUACAAAAAUUCAAAUUAGAAUAAAAUUUCUCCAAAUUUCCAUUGCCUUGUCCAAAGCAAAACAAGUAUCUUGUGGCAUUUGUACUAGCUUUUCUUAUGCUUUAGAAAUGGCAGAAACCUUACUCGAUGCAAACAGGUAUUUCUGUUGAAAAUGCACAACAGCAUCAGUUAAAGCCAGAGUUUAAAGACUGCUCCUUUCAAAUAACACUAGACAUUCAGUGUUUGCUCCUACCGAGACACGAGCCCCCCUAAAAUCUACUCAGAUAAGGAGAGUUUUACUCAGGAAUGAUGUCCAUUCAGCAGAAAUCAAAAGAAAAUUCCUCUAAAGUUAUUAAGAAAAGUGAAGAUAAGAAUUUAGAAACCCAAAUUCAUGGUUCUCAAAAGAAUGUAGCCAAACAAUCACUGGUUAAAUCUUCCAGUGAAGCUAAAGUAAACCAGCCUAAAGUGGGACCACGCAUGAAUACAAGAUCAGCAAAGGCAGCAUCCAAUGGUAAAAAAGCUACUAACUCUGGUGAUAAAAAUAUGGUCAGUAUGAAAGGACAUUCACAGGAAUCUGCAAAAAAGAAGAAAGUGUGUCCAAAAAAAUCAGUGCAUGAAACCUUGAAAUCAAAUGAACAGUUAAACCGGAGAUCACAGAGACUACAACAAUUAGCAGAAGUUUCAACAAGGUCUUUGCGCAGUAGAGCAAUUCAGGGUCAAGUUCAAGCAGUUAAACGGAGUUUGCCACCACCAAGAAAAGGGCACUGUAGCAACACUCAAAGUAAAUCUAAUAAAGUUAGAAUAAGUCAAAAACAUGUGAAAAGAAAAGAACUGGAAAUAAGAUCAGACUCUAAAGACGAAAAUUCUGUGAUUAAUGAAGUAGUUAAUUCUCCUAAAGGAAAAAAACGCAAAAUAGAGCCCCAGACAGCUAGCACUAGUAAUUCUCAGUGUGUUCAAGGAUCUGAGAAGUGUCUUCAGAAGACUACUGGGAAAGAGGACACAAAGCUUGUGCCUGUAACUUCUGAGGUAAAAGGAUCAAAAAUGACAACUUCACUGGUCUCUAAAAAAAAGGAGCAAAUGAAGAAGUCAGUUCACAUACAAGUAAAUGUUAGUGCAAAAUCUCCCCAAAGUUCACAGCCAUCAGUGCCUGAACAGAGUAUAGAUAAUGAGCUAGAACAAGCAGGAAAGAACAAACGAGGUAGCAUUCUCCAGCUCUGUGAAGAAAUUGCUGGUGAAAUUGAAUCAGAUACUGUAGAAGUAAAAAGGGAAUCUUCACAAAUGGAAUGUGCAAAAGAGAAGCCUACAGAAAUUAAAUUGGAAGAGAGUAAUGUUGAAAGACAAAUACUUCACCAGAAGGAAACAAAUCAAGAUAUUCAAUGUAAUCGUUUUUUCCCCAGUAGAAAAACAAAGCCUGUAAAGUGUAUACUAAAUGGAAUAAAUAACUCAACUAAGAAGAACUCCAACUGGACUAAAAUUAAAUUCUCAAAAUUUAACUCUCUGCAGCAAAGUAAGUUGGACCCUCAAGUUUCUUCUAAAUUGGGCUCAUUACAAACCAGUUUCUCAUCACCAACUCUAGAAAUACAUCAUCCGGUGACACAAAAUACACUUUUAGGGACAAAACCACAUAAUGGUAAAAACCAGCAGGAAAAAUUGAAAGAAAUUAAUUCUGAAGAACUUAAAAGUUACAGUGUAGGGGAAACUAAUAGAACUACAGAAAAUCUUUCUAAAAAUUGUCAUUUGGAUAAUCAGAUAAAAUCACCUACUGAAUCACAGAUAAAACCUCCUCCUGACUCACCAUUAUUGGAUAAUCAGAUGAAACCAUUUAUUACAUCAACACCAGAUAAGAAUUUUAGUUCACCUUUGGAAUCCAAGCUUGAAAACACAUCAGUGGAAAAUACCACUGCUGUUUCAGCUCUGCUUAAUCAAGUAAAAAUUGAUGCAGAAGAGGGUAAGUUUCCAGGCGCAUCUCCCAAACAGCACAGUGUGCUCAAUAACCAAACAACUAAAAACAGUGAUAACAGGGAGAUGCCACCAAAUCAUCCUUUGCCUCAGUGUAAUUCUCAUUUGGAGAUCAAAAUUCCAAAAGACUUAAAACUAAAAGAAGUAGAGAAGGCUGAUGAAAAACAGUUGAUCAUAGAUGCAGGACAAAAAAGAUUUGGAGCCGUUUCCUGUAAUAUUUGUGGAAUGCUUUACACAGCUUCAAAUCCAGAGGAUGAAACACAGCAUUUACUCUUCCACAACCAGUUUAUAAGUGCUGUAAAAUAUGUGGGCUGGAAAAAAGAAAGGAUUCUGGCUGAGUACCCUGAUGGAAGGAUUAUAAUGGUUCUUCCUGAAGACCCAAAGUAUGCCCUAAAAAAGGUUGACGAAAUUAGAGAGAUGGUUGAUAAUGAUUUAGGUUUCCAGCAGGCUCCACUGAUGUGCUAUUCCAGAACUAAAACGCUUCUCUUUAUUUCCAAUGACAAAAAAGUCGUUGGCUGCCUAAUUGCAGAACAUAUCCAGUGGGGCUAUAGAGUUAUAGAAGAGAAACUUCCAGUUACUGGGACAGAAGAAGAGAAAGUUCGAUUUGAAAGGCAAAAAGCCUGGUGCUGCUCAACAUUGCCGGAGCCUGCUAUCUGUGGCAUCAGUCGGAUAUGGGUAUUCAGCAUGAUGCGACGCAAGAAAAUUGCUUCUCGCAUGAUUGAAUGUUUAAGCUGCAUGGGCUGACAAACUAGGAAGCAAGGAGAUGGAUGAGUCAACAGGAAGAGGACAGGCUGGUGGAGGAAUCCAAGACCAGCAGGGUCAUGACUUUUCCUAACUUGAGUUGGAGGAGUUGACAAGCCAGGAAGCAGGAGCAAGUCAGGCUUGUGCCUACAGAGUUGAAUGAAUCCAAGACUGGCAGGCAGUAUGGUGGGUCUGUAAGCCAAAUAUACGAUCCAGACCAGUAAGAAAUAGGGAAGCUUCCCAUAGGAAGCAGGAGCAGGAGACCUGGUAGCGUUGUGGGUUACAUGUUGGGCUGUAAACCACAACAUCAGAAGUUUGAAGCCAUCCUCCGCCCCAUUGGAGACAGAUGUGAGGCUUUCUAGCUCUGCAUAGAGUUGCAGUCUCAGAAACCCGCUGGGGCAGUUCUACCCUGUCCUUCAGGGCUACUGUGAGUUGGAUUGACUUUAUGGCAGCAAGUGUUUUGGAGGCCAUAAACCCAAGAAAACUUGUUUCGAUUGCAGCAGGACUGUGACCUGAGAAAAGCUGCACACUCCCCUAAUCAUCUUCUGCUCACAGCUAAUUCCAUCAUGGCGUUGUUGACAUUAUAUUAGUUCACAUCAUGGGAGAGGCUUCAACUGCCAAUGGCCUCUUGUUUAACACACACCUAAUGAGAACAGUUAUUCAUUAUCCUCGGCACUUUGGUAAAAAAAAUCAAUUGGCUGUAAAUAUGAGGGUUUACAUCAAGACUAAGAUCUGUUCCAUUGAUCUACUUGUCUGCCUGCCCUACACUGUCUUGAAUAUUGUAGCCUUGUAAUUUGUUUCGAUGUCAGGAGGUAUGAGUUCCCCAACUUUUUUUUUUCUUCAAGAUACUUUUGGCUAUUUGAUGGUGUCCCUUAUGUUUAGAUAUGAAUUUUAGGAUCAGCAUUUCAAUUACCACAUAGAUACAAGCUAACUGUAAAUUAGUUUGGAGAAUAUUACAGUCUUAAUAUUAGGUCUUCUGAGCUAUAAUCUUCCAUUCCUCUUUAGAUUUUUUUCUCUAUGCAAUCUUUUGUAGUUGUCAGUGUACACAACUUGAAUUGUUUUGCAGCUGUUAAAUGUAUCCUAAAUUAAUUUUUCUUUAGAAUGCUAUUCUAAGUGGAAUUGUUUUAAUUUUAAUUUAUUUUAAAAGUUGUUACUUAUACAGUUGAUUAUGGAAUAUUGACCUUGUGUUCUUCAAUUUGGCCUGAACUUGUUUAUUAAUUCUAAUUUUUUUAGGAAGGGAUUAUUGCAGUAUAUUCUAUAUAUAAGCUCAUGUUAUAUGUAGAAAGAUUUUUCUAUUUCUUUUGAAGCUAGGUAUUAUUUAUUCACUUUUCCUUAAAUUGCCUUGGCUGGAUCUUCAAUACAAUAUUGAAUAGAAGUGAUGAAAGUAGGCAUCCUUGUCUUGUUCCUCAUCUUCCAAAACUCAC